AUGCUGUCUGCUGCUGCAGUGCAGCAGCAGCAGCUGCUCUUUGAGCUCCUCCCGCCGUAUUGUUUGUCUUUUUACACUGGCUCGUCGCCUGCAGCACCAAAGGGUGACUGCUUCUGGGUGAGGGGCCUCGGUAAGGAGCAGGAGGAGGAGCCGCAGGUGAAGGAAAAGCAGCAGCAGCAGCAAGAGCAGCAGCAGCAGCAAGAGCAGCAGCAAGAGCAGCAGCAGCAGCAGCAGCAACAGCAGCAGGUUGUCUUGGGCAGCAGCAGCAGCAGCCUUGGGCUGACGCGGAGCUCGAGCUCUCCAGCUGGGGGGCUGGUGGCUGAGCGGCUGCUAGAGAACGAUGAUGCGGCAGACGAAGCCGCAGCAGCAGCAAAAGCUGCAGCAGCAGCGCCCGCAGCAGCAGCAGUAGAAGGAACAGAAGCAGCAGCAGCAGAAGGGGCAGCAGCAGAACCAGCAGCAGAUGCUGUGCUUCUCUGGCCGCAGGGAGCCAGGCUGAAGAGACGUUUGUCUUUGUUGGGUGUAGACGGUGCGCUGCAGCUGGUGCUGCUGCUGCUGCUGACGAGUUUCUUUGUUCGCUUCCUUCGGGUGUAUGCGCAGCUAGCUGCUGAGAGGGAGGCUGCUGCUGCUGCUGCAGUUGCAGCAGAAGGGGGGGGAGACAAGGAGGGAGGAGGAGACAGCAGCACUGCCGAAGAAGAGGGAAAGGAGACAGAGGAGCAGCAGCAGCAGCAACUGGAGGAGGAGACAGCAGCACUGCCGAAGAAGAGGGAAAGGAGACAGAGGAGCAGCAGCAGCAGCAACUGCAGCAGCUGCAGCAGCGGCUGCAGCAAAGCAGAGAGAGACUGCAGCGAGCGAGAGAGGCAAGGGACGAGGGAAGCUGCUGCUGCCUGGGAUGGGUACGGCCGAGAGAUAGAUGCUGCUGCUGCUGCUGCUGCUGAGGGAAGGGAGAGGCUGCGGCAAGCUGCUGCUGCUCUGCUGCAGGAGCUGCAGGCAGAGGUGGCUAAGAACAAACAGGAGCUGCUGCGGCAGGUGCAGCAGCAGCAGCAGCAGCAGCACAAGCCGCUGCUGCUGCGGCUGUCAGGCAUGUCGCGUGCUGAUGCAGCAGCAGCAGCAGCAUCAGAGGACGUGGAGCUGCUGCGGGCUCGUGCUGCUGAGCUGGCGGAGAAAGCGGAUGCUGCUGCUGCUGCUGCUGCUGCUGCUGCUGCUGCUGGUGAUGCUGAUGCUGAUGUUGGGAUCGAUGCUGAUGAGCUCGAUGCAAUAAUGAAGACGUUGCUGCCGAUGGAGCAGCAGCUGCUGCAGGCGCGGCUGGAGCUGCAGCGGGUGCAGCAGGCGUUUGCUGCUGCAGCAGCAGAAGCAGCAGCAGUUCGUGUUGAGGGGGGAAAGGUUGGCUUAGCUCGUUCUGUGCUGCAGUAUAUGAGGAGCCGUGCAUGGAUAAAGGAUGAUUACACUCCUGCUGCUUCUUCUGCUGCUGCUUCUUCUUCUUCAGCAGCAGCAGCAGCAGCAGCAGGGGAUGAGGAUAGUAUAGUUCACCCACUGGUGAUACAGCGGAGAAACAGCAGCAGCAGCAGCAGCAGCAGCAGCAGCAGCAGGGGAUGA